CUAGCAACGUCAGGGCCAGGGCCGCGAGGUAGUUGGCAGAGGCCUCGGGGUCCUCCUGGAAGGGGCCUCAUGACAGAUUCGGACGAGGAUGCCCUGAAGGCUGACCAGGGCCCCUCACAGGACAUCCCAAAGCCGUGGGUGUUUCCAGCCCCCAAAGGGAUCCUGCAGCACAUCUUUGGGACCAGCCAGGUGUUCCAAAGCAUCUGUGAUGUAAAACCAAAGGUCACAGGGUUAACAGUGCCCCUCAAAGUCAGGGAGUACUACUCCAGAGGCCAGCAGUGCUUGGAGCAGGCAGACUGGGAGACAGCUGUGCUGUUCUUCUCCCGCGCACUCCACCUGGACCCACAGCUGGUGGACUUCUACGCCUUGCGGGCCGAGGCCUACCUCCAGCUCUGUGACUUCUCCUCAGCUGCCCAGAACCUGCGAAGGGCCUACUCCUUACAGCAGGACAACUGCAAGCACCUGGAGCGCCUCACCUUUGCGCUUUACCUACAGGGCUUUCUGCUGCCAACUAGGGGGUGCAGCUGGGCUGGGGUGGCAAGCAGGAUUGACUGUCCCCUGUGUCCCCAGGGACAAUGCCUUUUUGAGCAGUGUGCCUUCCUGGAUGCCCUGAAUGUCUUCUCACAUGCUGCUGAGCUCCAGCCUGAGAAACCAUGCUUCCGUUACCGAUGCAUGGCCUGUCUCCUGGCCCUCAAGCGGCAUCAGGCCUGCCUCUCGCUCAUCACCAAGGAGCUGAAGCAGGACACCACCAACGCCGAUGUCUACAUCCUCCGGGCCAGACUCUACAACUUUCUCCAGAAGCCCCACCUCUGCUACCGCGAUCUGCACGGCGCCUUGCUGUUGAAUCCCAAGCACCCGCAGGCCAGGAUGCUGCUCCAGAAGAUGGUGGCCCAGGCCCAGCAGGCGCGCCAAGACGCGGGGAUCCUGGCCGUGCAGGGCAAGCUGCAGCACGCACUGCAGCGGAUCAACUAUGCCAUUGAGAACAACCCUCUGGACCCCAGUCUCUUCCUCUUCCGGGGCACCAUGUACCGACGGCUCCAGGAGUUUGAUGGGGCAGUGGAGGACUUCCUGAAGGUGCUGGACAUGGUGACCGAGGACCAGGAGGACAUGGUGCGGCAGGCGCAGCGCCAGCUGUUGCUGACCUACAACGACUUUGCUGUGCACUGCUACAGGCAGGGCGCCUACCAGGAGGGCGUGCUGCUGCUGAACAAGGCCCUCCGGGAUGAGCAGCAGGAGAAAGGACUCUACAUCAACCGAGGCGAUUGCUUCUUCCAGCUGGGCAACCUGGCCUUUGCCGAGGCAGACUACCAGCAGGCGCUGGCGCUGAGCCCGCAGGACGAGGGCGCCAACACGCGCAUGGGCCUGCUGCAGGAGAAGAUGGGCUUCUGUGAGCAGAGGCGCGGGCAGUUCCAGAAGGCAGAGGACCACUUCUCCAUGGCCAUCCGGCACAACCCCCAGAAGGCCCAGUACUACCUAUACCGGGCCAAGAGCCGGCAGCUGCUGCAGAACAUUUUUGGGGCCCGCCAGGAUGUGGCCACUGUCCUGCUCCUCAACCCCAAGCAACCAAAGCUGUCCCUGCUGAUGACCAACCUCUUCCCGGGCAUGUCGGUGGAGGAGGUGCUUAGCACCCAGAUAGCCCACCUGGCCAGGCUGCAGCUGGAGAGGAUGGUGAAGGGCAGCCUACAGGCCGGCAGCCCACAAGGCAUUGUGGGGAUGCUUAAGCAGCAGGAGUUGGAGCGCCAGAAGGCCUUGGCCCUGCAGUGCUCAUGGAAGGAGGGGGAGCCUUUGAUUGCGACCUCCGAGGAGCUGAAGGCCACCCCUGAGAUUCCACAGGUAGAAUUGGGAAGCUCAGAGGGAGAGGCUGAGGCCCCCGAGGAGGAGGAAGACAAGGAGAAGGAGAAAAAAGAGGAGAAAAAACCAGAGCUCAUACCUAGCAAGGUGAUGUCCCUGUCUGACAGCUACCUUGACGAGACCUCCUCAGCCUCCAGCAUGGGCUUCAGGACCACAUGCACCUCAGAGACUGAGAUGUCGGCUAUCUGCCAGGAAUACAGGAGCACCUCAGCCACCGCCGUGACACUCUCUGACUCGUCACUGCUGAAGACGCAAUCCUCAGACUCUGGGAACAACAGGGAGGCACUGAGCCAUGGUCCCAGAAAAAUCAAGGCCACCCAGGGCCAGAGGCAGAGCCUUAGCAAGACCGAGGCCACCCAGAGCCAGAGGCGGAACUCCAGCAAGACCAAAGCCACCCAGGGCCAGGGGCAGAGCUCCAGCAAGACCAACGCCACCCAGAGCCAGAGGCGGAACUCCAGCAAGACCAACGCCACCCAGAACCAGGGGCAGAGCUCCAGCAAGACCAAAGCCACCCAGAGCCAGAGGCGGAACUCCAGCAAGACCAAGACCACCCGGAGCCCAAGGCAGAGGCCCAGAAAGGUCAAGGCUGCUUGUGGCCGGAGCUGGAGACCCAGCAAGGUUGAUGCCACCCAGAGCCAAAGCAGGGGACUGCUCCGAAGUUCCACCAAGACUGAGGCUUUCUAUGACUCAAACUGGAGCCUCAGCAAGACUGAGGAUGCCCAAGGCCAGGGCCAGAGGCCCAGCAAGGCUGAGGCUGCCCAGGGCAAGAGCCAGGGCAUGAGCUCAACUUCCAGCAAGGCCGAGUCCACCUGGGGACCCAGUCCAAGUCUCAGCAAAACUGAGGUUGAUCAGGACCUCACCUACUAUGAAGCUGUCUGAAGGGACCAUCCAGCCCCUCACCUCUUGCUGGGGAGGGGAGCAGUUCUACCCACCCCCCUACACUGGCACUCAGCCAGCUGCCUCCUUCCAGAGCAAUUAAAAGUCUUAGCAACAGUCCUCUGGUCCCACAGCUGAGUUUAUUAUACUUGUUCUCUUCUUUUACAAAAUUAAAAACUUCUAAAACCAGG